AUGGAUGACGAAUCGACGCAUUCUAUAGGGAGGGAGUUCCAGGACGAGUUUGUGGGAGAUAAGGCGACGGAGGCGGCCCAGAUAAUUGCAAAAGACGAACACAACAGGUCAGCAAUUGAUGCAAGCACCGUUGAAAAUCAUGACCAUGAAAACUUGUCUUUAGCCGACCAAAGGGCAAGUUUGUCUCAAAUGUACGAAAAAUCCCAAAAAGAAGCCAAAGAAGGUGAUCCUGUUUAUGUCAUACCUUCUUUAUGGUUCGACAGGUUUUUGGAUCCACAAAUUAACGAGAAGUCCGCUCUGGGACCGCUAAAUACCAGCUCUAUUUGUCGCGAUUAUGAUAAUUUCGUUUUGGCCGACUAUAAUUCGAAUCCGUACAUUUCAGUGCCACAGGCGAUUUUUGAGAAGCUGUUAGAGUGGUAUGGACUCUCCCCGGGCUCAAGGGCUCUGAAAACUGUAUUGGUCAAGGAUGAAAACGGUCAACUUGCUCCUGAGUACGAUCGCUGCUACGUCAGAUUACAUCUAUUGAAGCCAACAUCAACCACACAGCAACAUAGAUACUCAAACGGGAAUAAAAAACCACUAUUUUUCGCCACCUCGAGAUUGAGCACUUUAAGAAAGGUGAUACAAAAGUGUCUCGAAGUACUGGGACAGCACGAGUCUGACCUCGAUCUAUCAACACAUCAAUUUAGGAUUUGGCAGGUUGAAGCUUCUCAAAACUCAGGACAAUCCUCUCAGCUAUCACAAUGCUAUCUUUUAGAUUCUUUGGCAUUUGCCAAACUUCCAAUAAAAAAGAGGUUUCGUCCUAAUUCUUUUGAUGAAUCUGUUCGAGCUCUGAACAGUUCUGUUAUAGACCUUGUAACAGAGUUCAAACGCCCCGAUUCCGGAGACCACUGGCCAUCAAACUACUAUUAUCAUAACGAGCUUCGUCCUCCAAAGGGGAUCGUGGGUCUUUCAAAUUUGGGGAACAGUUGCUAUAUGAAUUCAGCGCUCCAAUGUCUGGUCCACAUCCCUGAAUUGAGGGACUAUUUCCUUUAUGGGAACGUUGAGCACGAAAUUAAUACACACAAUCCAUUGGGCUACAGCGGUCAGAUAGCCAGAAAUUUCGCUUCACUAAUAAAGUCUUUAUUUGACGAACAGCAUCCAAACCUUACAACAUUUCUACCAAGAGCAUUCAAAUCGACUCUGGGACACCAUAAUUCCAUGUUCUCUGGAUACUUACAGCAAGACUCGCAGGAGUUUUUAUCAUUUCUCUUAGAUGGACUGCAUGAGGACCUGAACCGGAUCGUAGACAAACCUUUCGUUGAAAAGCCGGAACUCUCUCCUAAUGAUGACGUGAACGAUGAGAAGUUGAUAAGUCGCCUCGCCAAGGAAACCAAGGACAAGCAUAAGCUAAGAAAUGAUUCAGUAAUCAAUGACCUUUUUACCGGAAUGUAUAAGUCCACUCUAACAUGUCCGGCCUGUAAUAAAGUGUCCGUCACUUUUGAUCCUUUCAGUGAUUUGACUCUUCCUUUACCCGUUGAGAGUUUCUGGAGUAGUAAAAUACUAUUGUUUCCUCAAAACUCGCCGCCUUGCGUAAUUGAGGUCGAGCUAGCCAAAGGUUCUACUUACCAAGAUUUGAAGCACUAUAUUGCAAAAGCGGCAGAUUUGAAAGUCGAAAAUCUGAUAGGCGCAGAAGUCUUUAACCAUGCAUUCUACAAUAACUACGAAUCCGCAAGUUCCGAUUCCAAAUACCUACCGAUCAAUGAUUUGGCCUCAGAAGGAGACACAAUUGUCUUCUACGAAGUAGCUCGCGAUUCAAACACUUUAAUCGUUCCAGUUCUCAACACUGAAAUUGAGGAAGGAUUCCCGAGUCCAAAGUUAUUCGGCUACCCUUUCUUCAUUGCUUUAUCGAAAGACGAUCUUAAUUGUUACGGUGCAAUCAAAAAGCAGUUAGAGAAACAUUACGGGAACUUGAGCGGAAAUUUUAUUGAUUCUCAAUCACCACUCGCUUCGGAAUCUUCCACAGCAGAGGCACCAGAAUUGUUGAAGAAAAAGUACCCAAACGUGGACUUCACCGACUACAAGAAAGAUAUCGAGAACAGUUCCUCAACCAAUUUAAUCAACCACAUGUUCUCUUUGAAGAUUUUGAAUGGUCCCAUUCAAAGAGAUCCUUCCUCCGGUUCAAUUGAUGAGGCAGAAAUUUGGGCCCCCGACCCUCGAGUUAAUGUAAACGCCAGCAUUGACGUAACGACGCUAAUGAAUAAUGUUACAAAAGACAUAUACGAUCAUCAAAAACUGGUCGAUCAAAAAGAAGAGAUUGAAGAUUAUUCUUCAUUGAUAAGUCAACAAGAUAAUAUCAGCAAACCUGAUGGCGGAGGUGAAGGGCAUGAAUCAGAUAUGGAUGUUGACAAUGACUGCAAUGUUUUGUCUUCUCUAGACAACGCUGCGCUUGCUCCGAAUAAUACUGCGCAUUCACUGAGCGUGACUGGACAGAAGGGUUUAGGCUAUGACAAUAUCCCUUCACAACCAGCCUUACUUGGAUUGGGGCAAGCAUUAAUCUGCCAAUGGAACAGUGGCGCAGUGGCUAAGGUUUUCUCCGAUGAGUCGGAAUUUUCAUGGGAUAGACCUGCUGAGCUCAGGAAUCCAAACCUAGAGGCAAUUAAAGAAGAAAGAAGUAAGCGAAGUCGAAAGCAAAUCACUAUUGAGGAUUGUCUGAAUUUGUUUUCGAAGCCUGAGGUUCUAGGAACCGCCGACUCGUGGUUUUGUCCUCGCUGCAGAGAGCACAGACAGGCUACCAAACAAAUCCAGCUUUGGGAUACUCCUGAAAUCCUGAUAAUCCACUUGAAGAGAUUUGAAAAUCGUGACUCUUUUAGCGACAAGAUCACAGAUGUAAUAUCCUUCCCUAUCACAGGUUUCGAUAUGUCUUCCCAUUUGGCGAGCAAGAAAGAGGAGGGACGGAAUAUUUAUGACUUAGUUGCGGUCGAUAAUCAUUAUGGUGGGCUCGGCGGUGGUCAUUACACAGCAUAUGCGAAAAAUGCCGAGGACGACAAGUGGUAUUACUUUGAUGAUUCUCGAGUUACGGAGACAAACUGCGAACGAUCGGUUUCCGAAGCAGCGUACCUCUUGUUCUAUCGUCGCCGCGAGAUAGGUUCUAACAAGGAAACCUCAGAAUUACGAGAACAGCUGUCUGCUUGGCGUCAAGAGCAUAAUCUAAAAAUCGAAAAGUUCAACAAAGAACAGGAAGAAUUCUACCAAGAGAAUCCAUCUGAGGAAGACGAGGGCGAGGACGGGCAGGAAAAUUCGAUCUUUGCUCAAAACUCGGGUGCCAGUAAAGGUCUGUCUAAUAGCGUUGCGAGUUUAGAAGUUGGUAGCUCGCCGCUGGAUUCAUGUCCGGACGAGAACGAUGGUAGAAGGAAGUUGAGAUUACUACACAAGAAUUAUACGAGUGCUCUUCCCAGCAAUGAUGCUCUCAGUUCUUCUGCAACAGGCUCUGAUGCAUCAGAUGAGGGAGAAGCUCAGCCUGACGAACCCACAUCUCCGAAUUUGUAA